CACCCCACCAAAACGUCCAAAACCCUCAAAAAACCCUCCGAGACCCAGUGCCAAAUUCGGCGAUACUUGAACCGAUUGCAGAGAAAAAAAGCUUUCCAGCUACGCUCCAAUGGCGGCUAAGGAUCAACAGAAGAGCAAACCCAUGAAGAGAAAGCAAAUUUCCAGCGCUAAACCCGAGUCUGGUAACUCCAUUUCCAAAAAACCAAAGUUCGUCGCGGAUUCGAAGAAGCCCUCGAAUGAUCUGAAACAUGUCGCGAAGAAACCUUUCAAGGGUCCCAAAGACUCCCAAUCGGGACAUGGAAAUGAGAAGAAAGGUCCCAUGUCGACGCGAGAACGUCGGCUCCACGCCAAGGAACUUGCCGAGGCCAGGAAGAAGAAGAGGAAGCGUCAUUACACUUUAGAACAAGAUCUUGCACAUCUAUGGGAAAAGAUGAGGCGUCGCAACAUUGCGAAAGAAGACAGAGCCAAGUUGGUGAGUGAAGCACUAGAAAAGAUGAAGGGAAAGAUUUCUGAAAUCGCUAGCUCCCAUGUUUCUUCUCGUGUUCUACAGACUUGUGUGAAAUACUGUUCUCAAGCUGAAAAGGAUUCCGUAUUCGAGGAGCUUCAGCCGCAUAUUCUCACCCUUGCAACUAACACGUAUGCAGUUCAUCUGGUUAAGAAAAUAUUAGACAGUGCUUCUAGAAAACAGCUUUCAGCAUGUAUUUCAUCUUUCCAUGGACAUGUUGCUUCUCUUCUUCGUCACAUGGUUGGAUCUGUGGUCAUUGAGCAUGCAUAUCAAUUGGGAAAUGCAACUCAAAAGCAGGAGCUUUUGAUGGAAUUGUAUUCUAAAGAGCUACAGAUAUUUAAAGACCUCGUCUCAACGAAAGAGAGCAGGUUAAUAGACAUAAUUUCAAAGUUAAAUCUUCAGAAAAACUCAGUCAUACGCCACAUGACAUCGGUGAUCCAGCCGAUUUUGGAGAAAGGAAUUGUUGACCACUCCAUCAUACACAGGUUGUUGAUGGAGUUCUUUAGUAUAGCUGACAAGUCCUCUGCAACAGAAGUAAUCCAGCAAUUGUCUAGUCCGCUUCUUGUUAGAAUGAUCCACACUAAAGAUGGAUCUAGGAUCGGGAUGCUCUGUGUCAAGCAUGGGAGCGCAAAGGAAAGAAAGAAGCUAUUAAAAGGAAUGAAAGGGUUCAUCAAAAAAAUAGCUCAUGAUCAGUAUGGAAGUUUGGUGCUAGUCUGCAUACUUUCAAUUGUUGAUGACACAAAGCUUGUAACGAAGAUUGUCAUUCAGGAAGUUCAAGAAAAUUUAGAGGAUCUUGUUCUCGAUAAGAAUGGAAGACGUUUGUUACUGCACCUACUUCAUCCAAAUUGCUCACGCUAUUUCAGUCCUGAUGAUUUGGCUUCUUUUGAUUUGUCGAUACCUUCUCUUUCCUCCAAGGUGGAAUCAAAUGAUCAUUCUGAAAGGAAAGCUUUUCAGGUUAAUGGAGCUAGCGAGGAGGUUAAGCCUAAUAAUGACAUGGAGGUGACGGAAGCAGAGGCCGAGAGAAGUGCCGAUCCUGGCGAGACAGUUCCUGUGGUUGAGGGUGGAAAGAAGGAUCCUUCCAUAAGAAGGCAAGAGUUAUUAGUCAAGAGUGGAUUGGCUGAGAGGCUUGUUGGUGUGUGCGUUGAGAACGCGGGAAAAUUACUUCGAUCAAAUUUUGGUAAAGAAGUGAUAUACAAGGUCGCAACUGGCGGUGCUGAUGGCAUUCUUAACUCAACUAUGGAAGAUAAGUUGGACACAUUGCAUAAAGCCAUAGCGUCUCUUGUCGCAGAGCCUAAAUCUGAAGAAUCAGAAGAAGAGCGUGUCCUUGAAAAUUUUCAUUCUAGUCGGACCAUUCGAAAGCUGAUCCUGGAUAGUCCCACUUUUGCUUCCACACUAUGGAAUACAGCACUGAAGGGAAAGUGUGAAACGUGGGCCAUGGGUCAUAGUUCUAAGGUGAUUUCUGCGUACUUAGAAUCCUCGGACUCUAAAGUGCAGGAUCUGGCAAAAAAAGAGCUGCAGCGCUUGAUAGAUCGCGGCAUACUCAAAAUCCCCGAGAAGCAGUCAACCGCUGAAGGUUAAGUCCGUCGCAAUGAUGAUUGGAGGAGAGUGCUUCACCAGUUAUUUCUACAGAUAUCGCUGGUUGAUUCGAUAUUGUAUUGAACCAUUGUCAAGAAAGAGACUUCGAAAUUUGUUGUGACCGCAAAUGUGUUCCUCGGGCAGAAUUUUUUCAUCUUAAUCGGUAUUGAGGCAACAUGAAAUUUUGUUAUAUGAGUAGCCUGUGACUGUUGAAUGGAUAUGCCGACUCGAAUGUGGGUUUGUAGUCUGAAGUUAUAAAUUUUGUUUGUUACCUACACAAAUUCUGUAUAUUAAACAUGAGUUUGGAGCUACAAAAUUUUGAAGUUUUAUUAUGUUUUCUUCCUAAUGUAGUAUUUUUUGUCUAACGCUGACUGAUUGG